AUGGUUUUAAAGACUUUUGAAUUGGGCAAGAGACCACAUAUUGUUGCUGAGCCCUUAACGCCCGAGGCGUUUGCUCCUUACGGUGGAGUAAUCAGCGCAGACCAUCAGCUCCACGGUGCCGAGUCAUCGCUGGCGAACUACGGAACAGCUACAAAGCUUCACAAAGUUGCCCCUGUGAGCAACAACUACUCAAAUGCUCCCAGCGGCAAGAAAGAAACUGCCAACUGGAACAUCUUCAGAUGCAAAGCUCCCUCGCAUUUGAUAAAGCACGGAGGCCUGAGAUCGGUUUACCUUUGCAAAGUGCUUGAGAGACAUCCUUUUACAACCCAGACUUUCUUGCCCAUGGGCCAAGAUCUCCGCAAAAAGUCAUUCUUGGUGAUUGUUGCUCAGACCGACGAGGCGACACCCGAGAAAUUGCCCGAUCCAAGUCGGAUCAGGGCCUUUCUAUGCAAGGGGAACCAAUCUGUGACAUACGGUGCCGGAACCUGGCACGCGCCCAUGGUUGUUGUGGAUGAAACCAUACCGCAUUUGGACUUUGCUGUGUUUAUCCAUGAAAAUGGUGUUGCCGACGAAGAUUGUCAAGAAUGCUACUUUGAGCCCGGCUACAACGUUGAGUAUUCGUUGGAUAGUUCCAAAUUGUAG